GAAUGGGGCAAGGAUGAGGCUGAAUCGGAGGCAGAGAUGCUAUCGAGAACCAAACUCUAGAAGACUGACAUAAAACCAGGGAAGUAGCAAGGAUAGAGGAGAAGAAGAAUUGUAUUUCAAAUGAGAAAUUGGGCAAAAUCUUAAUAAUUCAAACAAUAUUUCGGACUUUUCAGGCGAAACAACGCUUGUAUCAUUUAAAAUAACACCACUUAUGUAUUUUGUGAUUUUGAGAUUAAGAAUCAGAGUUAUUUUGGGCAAAAUUCUUUGGCUCAAGAGGAAAUUAGCCUGGGAUUUGGCCCUGAUGAGCGUGCAACUACAAUAACAACUGCUACCACUCAAUUAAAUGAGAUGUCUCUCUGCAAAGGUGUGAAAUCCAAUGAAAACUUAAAAGAGUAUAAAUAUGAUAAGAAAUUUGAUGAUUUAUACGUAAAAUCAGAUAAUGUUGACACCAUAAUUUCCAAAACAAGUGGAUCCACCUACAUUGGUGGAAUCCACCAAGACCAAAAACAAGGUCGAGGAACCUUCCGCUGGAGGAACGGAAGUAUCUACGAAGGAUAUUGGGAUUCUAACAAAGCCACUGGCCCUGGUAGGAUGAUUAUUGUCAUGAAGAGUGAUAAAAAUUAUGAUUAUUGAAAUAUCUAUGAAGGUCAAUGGAAAAACUCCAAAGCCAACGGCUUUGGAGUUUAUACCUGUGAGGAUGGCUCCGAGUAUAAAGGAAAUUGGAGAAAUAACAGACCUCAUGGCCUUGGCCAUGAGGUCUUGAAAGGCCAAUUUGAGUAUGAAGGAGAGUAUAAAUACGGUAUCAGACACGGUAAAGGUACAGUAUCAUGGACUUCCACUGGAGAUAGAUACACAGGGGAAUUCAUAAAUGAUCAAGUUCAUGGCUUUGGGGAAUACACUUACAGUAAUGGAAAUAUCUACAAAGGUGAGUGGAAAGAAGGCCUUUUCCAUGGAGAAGGAGUAUUCCAAUGGGGGAAAAGCUUAAAGGUUGAAGCAAAAGAGUAUUCUGGCCAGUACAUUAAUGGCAAAUAAGCAUGGUAUUGGUGUUUUCAAGUGGGCUGAUGGUAGGAUAUACAAAGGAUAUUGGAGUGAGGGUAAACAACAUGGACUAGGAAUAUUUAUUGGAAAAGGGCACAAGACUUAUGGAAAUUGGGAGCAGGGCAAAAGAAUAGAAACAUUUACUGAACAAGAAGCUUUAGAAAAGAAUGCAGAAGAGUUCACCAAAAUUGAUAAAUUUGAAUCAAACAAUAAAUUAGAAUUAGAAUAA